AUGACCAUCAGCACUUCAUCCGUGACGCCUUCCACUAUACAAUGCACACAAUUCUAUCCUCAUCGUUCAUCCACCAAACCAUUACCUUUCUUUUUUUCAUCUUGGUCAUCAUCAUCCUCAUCCACUGGUCAGCUUCGUCAGCAAUUCAAAGCAUUACAAAAAAAGAAAUCAUUGCCUGUUCAUGAAAUGAACAACAACGAUACCUGCAGCGAAAUGAUCAUUCAUUCACCGAUGAUCAUGACUCCUUCUUCUUCUUUUAGUUCUGAUCCUCCAUAUCCCAUCUUACUAAAAGGAUCCUCAUGGAAUGAUGCAUGUUUAGAUCAAUGGCUAGCAAAUAGUCUUCAAUCAUGGCUUCCACGUAGAGUCGCGUCGUCUUCACAAUGGAAUUUACUUUAUAGUUUAAAUCAACAUGGUUGUAGUCUACGAACAUUGUAUGAUCAAACCAGUCGACAUCCUUCCAGUGCCAAUUUGAUCGUUAUACAGACAGCUAAUGAAGAGACGAUAGGCGCUUAUUUAUCUGAAUCAUUGAAAACGGCACAAUGUUAUUACGGAUCUGGUGAAUGCUUUUUAUGGAGAUCUGGAACCCAACAUCAAUUACAAGUUUAUCCAUGGACAAGUGCUAAUGAUUAUAUGAUCUUCUCUAAUCAUGAUUUUCUAGCUUUUGGUGGAGGCGAUGGUCAUGUUGGAUUGUUCAUCCAUGCAGAUCUACAUAAUGGACAUACUCAACCUUGUGCUACGUUUGAUAACGAUACUCUUACAGAUCAACCCUAUUUUGAAAUCAUUGCAUUGGAAAUUUGGGGAUUUGAAUUAUACACUUUAUUCAAUAAUAAAUGA